UUUCUGCUCCGGUGCUACUUACUCCAGACCUAGAUCUGCAGACCAGGAGCUUCCUUCUAUAAGUUCUCCUCUUCAAGAAAGAGACGUACAAACUUUCCAUGCCUUCAGUCAGGAUAAAGAAGACUCCAUCUACAUAUCCUCUCCUCCCCGCCAGAUUCGACGAUGAUAUCGAGGCGUCAUUACCAUCGCGGUCCAUCACUGUACGCGGACAGCGUAGCAUGGGCAGCCUUAUUCCCAGACUUACUAAUGCUCAUAACGCGCAAAUUGAUUCUGCUCCGGAGAACAAGCAACGUUUGAGAAGCCACACGACAAGUGGGGCGUUCGAGUCUGUCUCCCGCCCUCCCAUUAACCGUCAACAGUCCGGGUCUAAGGUCGCUGAGCACGUCCUAGCUUCUCGCAGGCCACCCAUAUCGCCUCCGUCGCUGUCACGUCACGGUUCUCCUCCUGUAGACGGCUAUGGGACCAUCAGGGAUAGGCUGCAGGUUUCUCAGACCGACGUUUCGACCCACAGCCAAGCCGACGUCAGGACACCCGGUAUCAUAGAAAGCACACUCGAACUGCAGCAGAUCCAGCAGCUCGACGAAAGUGUUGUCCAUCAUGAUGAUAUUGUGGAUCAUUUGGAUGCAAUUGAUCCUCAGGUCGCUACUGUAUCCAGCCUGGCCAACGCCGCUAAUUCUAUUUUAAUCCCUCCAUCGAGCUUCUACUCUCGAAAACCAGUAAUUGCGUUGUUUUAUCCGAGUGGACGACAAGGCUUGGUCAUGGAAUCCGCUGGGCAUGCUCAAUUUGAUGACAUGCAUGAAUCAUUAGACAGACAUGUCGAGGACGUUCUGACUGGUCGAUCCAAGGUCAAACGUACACUCCAGGGCGUUUGGUCGUUCUUGAAAACUCCGAUAGGCAUCAUAACGGGCAUAUACGGGUUUCUUGUUGUGUUCUGGGGAGCUGCGCUGGUGUUAUUUUUGCUAAAGUGGAUCAAUUUACACAACGCAAAUACCCAGGGUUUUUGGGUUGAGGUAUGCUCUCAGGUCGUGUGUGGUUUGUUCACCAUCACCGGGAUUGGCCUGAUCCCUACGCGUGCUCUUGACACCUAUAGAAUCUGCAAAAUUUGGCACUACAAGCACAAAACAACGAAGCUACGAGAUAAAGCUGGUUUCCCUCAGUUAUUCGACAUCGAUGACUUGCCCGACCCUGUCUAUGACCCUACCUUUGUCCAUGUUCUCACUGAACGAGAACAACGGGAUUUGCAUCAUCAGCAAGUUAAGUUUCACGAGAGUCAGACAUGGUACCGCCCACAUGGUACUGUGACCCACCGAGCAUUUCCAAUCAAUACGGCACUCUGGAUAUGUCUCUUUAUCGAUGGAAAUUCUGCUUUUCAGGUCAUGCUGUCGAGUUGCAUGUGGUCUAUGAACCGAUUUGAACGACCGGCAUGGACCACAGGUAGUCUCAUUCCCGCAUCGUUUCUGUGCGGGAUAAUUUCGGCAAUAUUGAUUUGGCGAGGUGGCCAACGGACCAGGCGCACGGAGAAAAUUGAAAAUACCCUACGAACAGCACUUGCGAAAGACAACUACGAUGGUCUUUUACACGCGCCAACCAUAAAUCUUUCGACAAAUUCUCCUAAUGACCUCCCUGAGCAGACCAGUACCGCUGGCACAGCUGACUUAAACGCGUCAUCGGAAAAGCAUGAUGAUUGUAGUGCGAUCACUGCUCCUCCAGCAGCGUCGCCUGCCAUUGUAGAAGAAAUGACGAUACCUAUGAUGAAAUAGACGAUUGACAACACAUGGGCCUACUAUUGUUAUACCUUCACUCUCAUAUUCAAGCACAUAUUAGAUCUAUGAGACCAAUAGAUAUUGCAUGCUAAUAUCAUAUUCAUUCCAUGGAACGCGAUACGGUACAUUAAGGAUUGUUGAAAUCCGACUACUACGAACAUAGACGCGCUAAGCUCCUGCCUC